AUGAUCACUAGCUACAAGACCAUUGACGGCCGUGGCGUUACAGUCCGCAUUGCGGGUGGCGGCGGUUUGACGAUGCAGCGCGUGAACAACAUCAUUAUUCACGGCAUCGCCAUCCAUGAUAUAAAACCCACAGGUCCCGGGAGGAUCAUGACCUCAACCAGCCAUGUGGGCAAGCGCAACAAGUUUGACGGUGACGCUAUCUCCAUAUUCUCCUCCAAGAACAUCUGGAUCGACCACUCCUACCAGGCUAGGGCAGCAGACGGUUUGAUCGACGUGAUCAGAGGUUCCUCCACAGUAUCGAUCACGAACAACUACUUCACCCAACACAACAAGGUAAUGCUCUUCGGAGCAAAAAAAGAUGAUUGGAUGGACCGGGACAUGUAUGUGACUGUAGUCUACAAUGUCUUGGGUCCCAAACUGCAGCAGAUGAUGCCGAGAGUCCGAUUUGGAAACGUCCAUGUUCUGAACGACUACAGGUCCAGAUGGGGCAUUUAUGCCAUAGCUGGCAGCGAGGGACCCACGAUUCUCUCUCAAGGAAACAUCUUCAACGCCUAUACGGGCUCCAAGCAAGUGACGAAGCGGAUCAACGACGGGGGACACAGCUUCGGAGGACCAAAAAACUGGAACUGCAAGUCUGAGGACGAUAGAUUCGUUUCCGGUGCUUACUGUACGAGUGUGCCGAUGAAGUGGUCGUAUCAGAGCUAUUCCAAGACUGCAAGUUGUGCUGCACGGCCAGCGACGAUGGUGAGCAGGAUGCCCACAAAGCACAUGCAAGACACGAUAGAGGCUGUAACUGAAUCGGUAGCCCACUGUCGUCGCGCAUACUUCUAG